UCUCUCCAGACACCCAUGUCUGCACACCCAGAUCUGGUUGAAUACAAGGCCAACUGCCACUGCGGUGCCUUUAAGUUCUCCUUCAAGGCUCCCAAAAUCACCAAAGGCUCGGAAUGUGACUGCAGCAUCUGUUCCAAGAACGGCUAUAUUUGGCUUCGCCCUAGCGAAGGGACUUUCAACGUCGACAAGGGCGACGAGAACACAACACUCACGAGCUAUGUGUUCGGCACCAAGAAGCUUGUGCAUAAGUUCUGCCCCACGUGCGGCACUUCCGUGUUUGCUAGAUUCUCCUCCGAAGCCGACAACGGGCCCGGGGCUAUGAUGAUCAAUGUACGCGCGGUCCAGGAUCUCGAUAUAUGGUCGCUCCAAACGAGUGACUCUUUCAAAGGCUCCGAACUGGGCGACGCAUACCAGCCACCAUCGCAUGUCGCACCGAUUGGCCUCCCGACCGAAGACAGAACACUCUACCAUGGGAACUGCCAUUGCGGGUCCGUGGCGUUCGUCCUUGCCAACCCGGCUAAGGUCACAACAGCCCUCAAAUGCAACUGCAGCAUCUGCGGGCGGGAUGGAGUGCUCUGGAUUUACCCCCAGACGAGCGACAUCGCCUUCCGUGGAGUACCCGAGUUCAUGUCUGAGUACAGCUUUGGGCCUCGCAAUGUCUACCAUGGGUUCUGCAAAGUCUGUGGCGUGGCCGUGUAUGAGCGCUUUGUCGGGAUCAGCGAUGAUGGCGAAGACAGGGCACUCACUCGCGCUCUCAAUAUUCGCACCUUCGCUAGCGGAGAACUCGACUGGGACAAGUUAGAGUUGGAAUUAGAUGAUGGGCGGGCAUUUCCACCCUUGUAUGAAGUGCCUGCGUAA